AUGACUGGUGUUCAAGAAACUUUGUGCAAGCUUUGCCUCAAAACUGUAACCGCUAAAGGUUUUGAGGUAAUAGACAAUGUUACUAGAGAUACUUUAGAUGUUCUUUUGCUGAAAUUGAAAUUGGAUAGCGAAGGCAAAGAGGUUAUAUGUAACGUUUGCAGAAGAAAGUUAAACGCAGCAUUCCAAUUUAAGUCAACUUGUCUGAAGACCGAUUACACAAUUAUUCCGUAUGUGGAUUGUGAAAAAAUGUUGCAGCUUGAUAUAAGAGAUGCGUAUACGAAGGAAAAGACCGUCGAGUCAAUGGAUAUUUCAGAUGGUCAGAGAAUAUGUCGAUUGUGUAUGCACCCAGUAGAAAGUGAGUUUAGGUGCAUUUGUGAAGAGGAACUUGAAGCCAUCGAGAAAUUGGCUCCUGAAAUGAAUAUAAAUAUCAUCAAAGAUCCCGUUGUGUGUAAGGAAUGUUUUGAUUCUGUGUGCACCCACAACAGUUUCCUAAAAAAUUGCUUGGAAGUACAGAAAAAAAUUGGGGGUAUUUUUAAUAGCGCAGCAACAGAGAGUCGGAUAGAUACGUCACCAUCUGAUUUAUUCCUUAAGACUGAAAACCAGGACAUAGAAUUCGAUAUUGACGGGACGGAAAUGUCAAUCAAAGCUGAAAGUAUCGACAUAAAAUCGGAAGAUGAGGAAAGAAGGGACUCGCUACUGCAUAGCUCCGUUAGUGAAUCAUUCGAGAAGAGGGUCCUUAGAGAUGCAGAAGAGGAUGGAUGUAAACAUGAGAAUAGAUCGACAAACGAAUGUAAUACGAGGGACAAGCAGAAUGACAAAGUAUUUUACAAAUGUGAUAAAUGUAUUUGCAAAAUUGGAAGCGAGAGCAGUUUUAUAGCACACCGUGCGAGACACGAGAACGGUUCGGAAGCAUAUAAAUGUGAAUCGUGUGAGUCCGAAACAGAAAAUAAAAAAAAUUUUCAGGAACAUGGAUUGAGCCAUAAAGAUCCUUUGGAAAUGCGUAUGCACCGAUGCGGAUCAUAUGAUUACAAGACAAAACACAGGUGUGAGCUUGCUAAGCAUCAGGUGAAACACAAAAGCGCAUCUGAAGGACGAUUGUACAAGUGCGACUUUUGUGAUUUCACAACAAAGCGGAAAGUUCAGAUGUACAGGUGUAAUGACUGCGAUUACAAAACUAAAUACAAGAAGAAUAUCAAACAACACCAAUUGAAACAUAAAGAUUCGUCACAGGUUCAAAUGUACAGGUGCCACGAUUGCGAUUACAAAACUAAAUACAAGAGUUGUAUGAAAGGGCACCAACUGACACAUAGAGAAAGUGCAAAUCCAAAUGCAGGAGUGGUAUAA